UCAGCUCCCAGCAGAGACACCAUGCCCUACUUCAUCGAGAGGUCCCAGCCGCGCUCCGCCGGCGGCAAGGUGCUGUGUGUGGGGCUCGCCUGCCUGGACAGCGUCUACAUCCUCCGCCAGUACCCCAUAGAGGAGGACGUGAAGGAGAUGGCUCUGCAGCACCGCUGGCAGCGCGGGGGCAACGCCUCGAACAGCGCCACCGUGCUGGCUCUGCUGGGCGCAGACUGCGAGUUCUUCGGCACCCUCAGCGGCAAGAAGAGCGCCAGCUUCAUCGUGGACAACUUCACGGCGCACGGCAUCUCGACGCAGCACUGCCCGCUGUACGACGACUGCGAGGCGCCGGCAGCCACAGUCCUCGUCAACAACUCCAACGGCCUGAGGACCAUCAUACACAACGAGAGCGAUCUCCCGGAGCUGGACCUGGAGGACUUCCGCAGGCUCGAUCUGUCGCAGUACUCGUGGGUGCACUUCGAGGGUCGCAACGUGGUGGCCGUGGCGCGCAUGGUCGAGGAGGUGGCCAAGUGGAACCGCCGGCACGCGGAGGGCGGCCGGCUCGUGCGCGUGUCCGUGGAGCUGGAGAGACCGCGCUGCUGCUCCGACGUGCUGGCGCUGGCGUCGCUGGCCGACGUGGUGUUCGUGUCCAAGGACUACGCCGCGAUGAAGGGCUGGCCCAGCAUGGAGGCGGCCCUGGAGGCCGUGUCGCGCCACACCAAGCCGAGCGCCAGCAUCAUCGUGACGUGGGGCGAGGAGGGCGCAGCCUGCAGGUCACCGGACGGCAGCGUGAGGCGCUCUCCCGGGCACCCGCCCCCGCGGGUGGUGGAGACCCUGGGCGCGGGAGACACCUUCCUGGCCGCCGCGGUGUUCAGCCUGAACCAGGGCCACUCGCUGCAGCACGCCACCAGCUUCGCCUGCCGCAUCGCCGGCGCCAAGGUCGGCAUGUACGGCUACUCGGGGCUGCGCAAGGUGUACCGCGAGCUGCUGGACGGGCUCAGGCCGACUGCUUACCUGGCGCGCUAGUUCACCCGCGCGCUGGUUCACCCGCGAGCUAGUUCACCUUAGAGCUGGUUCACCUGCAAGCUAGUUCACCUGCGAGCUGGUACACCUGAGAGCUGGUACACCUGCGAGCUGGUUCACCUGCGAGCUAGUUCACCUUCAAGCUAGUUCACCUUCAAGCUAGUUCAUCUGCGAGCUAGUUCACCCGCGAGCUAGUUCAUCUGCGAGCUAGUUCACCCGCGAGCUAGUUCAUCUGCGAGCUAGUUCGCCUGCAAGCUAGUUCACCUUCGAGCUGAUUCACCUGCGAGCUGGUUCACUUGCUGUUACUUCAAGUGUGGCACUCAAAACCGUUCUCAACACAGUUAUAUAUUUUUAUUCAACAUUGCCAAGUGAACAUCGUCUCAUAUUUACCCAGUGUUAUGGUUUGUUUUGGAAAUAAAUUGUGUCACUACUUUAAGUAAAUGGAUAUCUCUUGUUGUAUUUACAUUUUAAUGUAUAUAUAACCUGUCUGAAGUAAAAUUCAAGGUUCAAAUACAAAAACGAACAAGUAAACUUCUUCGAGUUGCUUUGCUCAAAUUAAUUUUUUUCGGUUAUUUAUUUUGGACGUAUUAUUUAUGAAUGUUUUGAGUCUGCUAUAGUAUAUCUCAAAUGAAAAUAUAAAAUUUUACAAAUUAUCAAACCA